AUGUACGCUCAGCCGGCUGCGGCCAACUACUAUUCCUCCCCGUCGCACCCCACUCCUAAGCAACGGGGCUAUCGCAUGUGCGAUUCAUGUGGCACCAUCGAGCAGCCAAACACCCGCUUCCGCUUGUGUGGUGGUUGCAUGACAACACAGUACUGCUCCCAGGAAUGCCAAAAGUCGCAUUGGGCUUCGCAUAAGGCGAUCUGCCAACACACCUCCAGCCAGAUCUCAACUUCCAAGCAACACGCCAUGGGAACUGGCAUCGACGAAGACGUCGUCAGGGGCCUCCGAAAAUUCACUUCUGCGCACUCUACUCUUCUCGGGUGGGCCGGGUUCCAGGCGCUACAGCUCAAGCGUAUGCCCUCGAAUGUUCGCCAGCAAGCGCUCCUCGUCGAGCUGAAUUAUCGUCCGUCGUCCGAUUCUCUCCGUCGCUUCUCAGUAAAGGCGACACACCUUGUCCCUCGGACAUAUGUCACAGACAACGAUCCGCUCGUCGGCGAAGACAUCCGCCGUCGCGAGGAGCGGUGUCGUAAGACCGGCGGUAUCGGCACGGCUGUCAUCAUCAUCCAGUGCGGCGAGAUCAGUCAGGUAAUGCCCGUCGAGGUCGACUCGCCGUCCAAGAUUUCAUGGGACUCGCGCGACGACUGGCUCGACGUGCUCCGGCACUUUGUCGACACCGGCCGCACGGACUUCAAGCCGGUAUCGACGACGUCCAGGGGGUGA